AUGAGCAUUAAAACCCAGCUCUCUCCAAUCAGAAAACAAGUGUCAGACCAACUUCUCAACAUGAGCAACACCACCACGAACACAGCUCUCAACGAUGAAACUCAAUCAAUCAUUUUCUUCAAUUUUCUUACCAAAAUCCUCGCACAAUGUCUCGAUGGGUUUUCCUGGAUCGUGGGCAACAUCGGUGCCAUUUGUAUUUGCAUUGUGUUUUCUCAACCAACAUUCCGAAAGAGUCCAUGUGCCAUCUAUUUCAUCGCUUCCAGNUCGAUGAAUACACGCGAAGGGAAUGUAGGAUCGUGA